AUGGCCCAGGCAGCGGCCGCCGCGCCCGCCAUCGCGGCUCGCCGGGCCGUGCGCGGCACCGCCCUUCGCGGUAAGAGCGCGUCGGUGAGGCCCACGCGCUCCGGUCGCGGCGCUUCCCUCGAGUGCAACGCCUUCCUCGACCAGCUCAAGAAGGCCGCCGACGGAGUGCUCAAGGGCGACCCGGGAGCGAAAACUCGCGCGAGGUACCAGGAUCGCGUGGACGCCAUCAACGCGAUGGGGCCCGCGAUGUCCAAGCUCUCCGACGACGAACUCCGCGCUAAGACCAAGGAGCUUCAGGCCAAGGUGAAGAACGGCGCGAACCUCGACUCCCUCCUCGUCGAGUCCUUCGCGCUCGUCCGCGAAGCCUCCGAUCGCGUCCUCGGCUUGAGGCCCUUCGACGUGCAGCUCAUCGGCGGCAUGAUCCUUCACGAGGGCCAGAUCGCCGAGAUGCGAACCGGCGAGGGUAAGACCCUCGUCUCCGCGCUUCCCGCCUUCCUCAACGCCCUCGGCGGCAAGGGCGUGCACGUCGUCACUGUCAACGACUACCUCGCCCGGCGCGACUGCGAGUGGAUCGGCCAGAUCCACAAGUUCCUCGGCCUCAAGUGCGGCCUCAUCCAGGCGGGCAUGGCCGAGGCGGAGCGCAGGGAGAACUACCUCUGCGACGUCACGUACGUCACCAACUCCGAGCUCGGCUUCGAUUACCUCCGCGACAACCUCGCGCAGACCCCAGCCGAGCUCGUGCUCCGCGACUUUAACUUUUGCGUCAUCGACGAGGUGGACUCCAUCCUCAUCGACGAGGCCCGCACGCCGCUGAUCAUCUCCGGCAUGGCGGAUAAGCCGUCGGAGCGUUACAUCCAGUCCGCCAAGAUCGCCGACGCUCUCGAGAGGGACUACCACUACAAGGUUGACGAGAAGCAAAAGUCAAUUUUGUUCACCGAGGAGGGUUACGAGGCUUGCGAGGAGCUUCUGCAGGUGACCGACCUGUACGACCCGCGCACGCAGUGGGCGCUGUACAUCAUCAACGCGCUAAAGGCUAAGGAGCUCCAGCUCAAGGACGUCAACUACAUCGUGAAGGGGGGCGAGGUGGUCAUCGUCGACGAGUUCACCGGGCGCACCAUGGUCGGCCGUCGCUGGUCCGACGGCUUGCACCAGGCUGUCGAAGCCAAGGAGGGUCUCACGAUUCAGAACGAGACCGUGACCAUCGCGUCCGUCACCUACCAGGCUUUCUUCCGCGCGUUCCCCAAGCUCGGAGGCAUGACCGGCACCGCCGAGACGGAGCUGACCGAGUUUAACAACAUAUACGACCUCUCCGUCGCCGUGGUUCCCACCAACAGGGAGGUGAAGCGCGACGACGCCGAGGACGUCGUCUUCCGCUCCGAGAGCGGCAAGUGGAACGCGGUGCGCACCGAGAUUGCGCGCAUGCACAAGAAGGGCCGGCCCGUGCUCGUGGGUACCACCUCCGUGGAGAGGUCCGAGCAGAUUGGAGAGCUCCUCGACGAGGAUGGCAUCCCGUACGAGCUCCUCAACGCAAAGCCGGAGAACGUCGAGCGCGAGGCUGAGAUUGUGGCGCAGGCUGGACGCCGCGGCGCCGUGACCAUCGCCACCAACAUGGCCGGUCGCGGUACCGAUAUCCUCCUCGGUGGCAACGCCGAGUUCAUGGCGAGGCUUCGGAUCCGCGAGGCGCUCAUGCCGCGAAUCGUGAUGCCGGAGGAGGGCGACAUCGCGUUUGAGAAGAAGAACAUCGGCGGCGCCAACGCGGACAGGUGGAAGGUCAAGGACGGUCUCUACCCGUGCGACCUCUCCGCCGAGGCUGAGAAGCUCGUGCAGGAGGCUGUCGAUGCCGCCGUCGCGAGCUGGGGCGCGCGAUCCGUGGAGAAGCUCGAGGCGGAGGAGCGACUCUCCUUUGCCUGCGAGAAGGCUCCCACCGAGGACGAAGCCGCGCUCAAGAUCCGCGCCGCGUUCAACAAGGUGGAGGCCGAGUUUGAGGCGGUGACCAAGACCGAGAAGGUCGAGGUUGUCGGCCUCGGCGGCCUCCAUGUCGUCGGAACCGAGCGCCACGAGUCCCGCCGCGUCGACAACCAGCUCCGCGGCCGCGCGGGCCGCCAGGGUGACCCCGGCUCCACCCGCUACUUCCUCUCCCUCGAGGACAACCUCUUCAGGAUUUUCGGCGGCGAGCGCAUCCAGGCCCUGAUGAGCGCGUUUCGCAUCGAGGACAUGCCCAUCGAGUCCGGCAUGCUCACCCAGUCCUUGGACCAGGCGCAGAAGAAGGUUGAGACUUACUUUUACGACAUUCGCAAGCAGCUCUUCGACUACGACGCCGUGCUCAACUCCCAGCGCGAGAAGCUCUACUUUGAGCGCCGCCGCGCCCUCGCCGCCACCCCGGCGCAGCUCGAGCAGCUCAUGCUCGAGUACGCCGAGCAGACCGUCGACGACAUCGUGCAGGCCAACCUUGACACCUCGGUCGACCCGGCGGAGUGGCCCCUCGAGGGUCUCGCCGGCAAGAUGGCCCAGUACUGCUACUUCAUGGCGGACAUCGACGAGGCGGACCUGCGGGAUAAGGCAAACAAGGGUGGGUACGACGGCGUGAGGAACUACCUGGCGAAGCGCGGCACGGAUGCGUACCGCACCAAGCGCGAGGAGGUUGAGGCGAUACAGCCCGGGCUGAUGGGCGAGGCGGAGCGAUUCUUCGUCCUCUCGCAGACGGAUAACCUGUGGAAGGAGCACCUGCAGGCGAUCAAGUUCGUGCAGCAGGCGGUGGGUCUGCGCGGCUACGCGCAGAAGGACCCUCUCAUCGAGUACAAGCUCGAGGGUUACAACCUGUUCGUGGAGAUGAUGGCGCAGAUUCGCCGCAACGUCAUCUAUAGCGUGUACCAGUUCCAGCCCAAGCGCGUCAAGGAGAACCCCCCGGAGGCGCAGCCCAAGGCUGAGGCGGGUGCGGCGGAAUCGGAGUUCCCGGAGAUGGGCGACGGUCAGCCGGUGGAGGAGGACAAGGAGCUCGCGACCGCCAAGGCUGGCGGAAGCAGGAAGAAGGGCAAGGGCAAGAAGUGA